AUGGCAAACCAUCGUCUCCCCAAUGGGCUUCCUAGCGCCUAUGCUGGUGGAUACAGCGAGUCCAUCAGACGACAGCUCGAGACCGUCCCUCUUCCCGAGAAGCUAAAGUGCAAAACCUGCAAAAAAUACCGGAACAUCAACGCCUACUCGAAGAGACAGGUCGACAUCUUCCGCAACGCAUUCGUCCUUCAGGGACAGCGGGCGAAAGACGUAGGUCAUGCGACCUGUCGUGGCUGUACCGGUGGUCAGGUUAUGGAGCUUCGCUGCUGCGUCUGUGAUGAAGUGAAAGAUCUUGGCGAGUUUGCCAACAAUCAGCGUAAAGAACACGAGUUCGCGGAACACAAAGAUGCCGAGCCUGCAAUUGAUGAGAACAGAUUGAUAACAGAUGGCGAACAGUCUGGCACCCAGGGAACAAUCACGAACGCCGGCAGCAUUGUUACAGGUUCUACCACGCAUCUCACCAGCGAUGCGCCGCGCCAUGGCUCUUCUUUUGCUGGGAUCACUGACAACGUGCCUUCUGGUGGAGGUGUCUGGGUUGAGCCUGAGAGACACGACAUGAACAGCAGCCACGGACAAGGACCAAGUUCUUACGGGCCCGGUCAGCGCAAUGUCACCUCCUCCGACGUGAAUUCGGUCCACAGUGGCUGGGCUUCGUAUGGUAUUCAGAAAUCUGAAGCCGCGGCCAGCGUGCGCUUAGAUGGAAGAGAUGGCAGAUUUGCGAAGGUGAAAGCCUGGCGCCCGGAAGAAGUGUCUAGCAACGUUAAUGCCGCAACCAGAGCUCGCGAGGUUAGCAAGAAGGCGGACUUCUCGGAUGAGGAAGAUGACGAGGAGGAUGUCUUAGACUAUCUCUAG